AUGUCCCGAAGACUUGAAGAGGCGACAGAGGAUGUGCUCUUCUCUGGCGGUCGCGCGGGACGUCGUGCUGUUGAAGAUGCUGGCUUCUCGGAAGAGCUGAAGGAGCGCUUGUUGGCCAAGGUGCAAGACGCCCAGUUUCGCUCUGCAUACAGCUCCGCAUUUGCUCAAGCCGGAAUGCCCACGGCAGCCGGCGAAGGUACACGCUUGACUGCCUCGAGCCAAGCAUGGACUGGUGAGGAAUCCACCGAAGACGCCGUCUUGCGAAUGCUCAACGACGCCCGAAAACCACUCCCCCCCGGACUACGAGGUCGACCGAAGAUGCCAGAUCUCAAACCAAUUGAUGUGCGCAUAAAAGGCGAGAGCAAUGUGAGCGCUGGAGUACGCGCGGCGAGUGCGCGUGAGAAAGCGGCGGCAUACACCGGGCUGGGGCUGAAGGAGCUUGACAAGAACCUCAGUGACAAGGAGAAAGAAUCCAUGAGGCAAGAGUUCCGAGACAGGUUCAAACCCGCGGCAAGAGCCAUGCCGAAUACCCUCACAGGCCUUGCCUCGCUCGCUAACGAGAGAAUCGAGGACGCUAUUGCCAGGGGCCAGUUCAAGAACAUUCCCAGAGGAAAGGGAAUUGAAAGAGACACCCGCUCAGACAAUGCUUUUAUUGACACGACCGAGUACAUCAUGAACAAAAUCAUCAAACGUCAAGAUAUUGUCCCGCCAUGGAUAGAGAAGCAGCAAGAGCUGAUCAAAGCCGCACACGUCUUCAGAUCUCGCCUACGCAAUGACUGGAAGCGUCAUGCUGCACGGAUGAUCGCAAGCAAAGGCGGCUCUUUGGAACACCAGAUGAACGAGGCUCGGAGAUUUGCCAGAGCGGAGGAACUCGCCAAUCCCAAGAGGCGCAAUGUCGAGCAGAUCUCUGUGCCGACCAACUCAACCGAGGACCCUGUCAUGGUCAAGAUUCGACAGCAGGUCAUCGCGGAAGCCAACGCUGAGCUCGCAAUGGACUCGCUGCCUGAUGCCACUGCGUCCCUGCCGCCGCCUUUUAGAGACCCAGAUUGGGUGAAGACGGAAAAAGCGUACAUGGAACUGUCUGUGAACAACCUGAACACCCUGACACGGUCGUACAAUCUGAUGGCCCCCGAGCUCGCCAAGAAGGCCUACUUCUCCCUGGAGAGGGAGUUGAACACAUGCUAUGCUGAUGUAGCACCGCAGCUCGCGGAUAUCAUUAAGGAACGAGCUGUUCGGGCCAAACCCGGUGUAGAGACCAUUGGUCAUCGACCUGGCGGCAUACUGGACCGUUUCGGACGGGAAGGCAAUAGAGCCACGAUAUACGAGUCAAAGGCACCGCAUUAUGGAUUGAGAGAGAUGUGGCGGGAUCUGUUCAAACGUCACCCGAACAGUUGA